CUUCAAGGCGUCACUUUACUUACACCAACAUAUCCAACUCACUUCAUCUCAUACUAAAAACAUCUCAAUCGCCAAAAUGUCCUUCACACUAGAACAGGAAAUGGUCCAUCUCGCACCGGAGCAACACGUCCGCGCAAUCCUCCUCGCCCUCCUCGACGACCCUCCGUCAAUGCCCGCGCCCUAAACCACUACCGCCGCCUGAAAGCCGCCGACAAUCCAAUCACUGGCCUCAAGCGCAAAGCCAUGAACGAUUUGUUUGUCUGUAUUCAGUGUGACCAGGCGUUUACCCACCAAGAUAACACUGAGACGUCGUGUUGUUACCAUCCAGGGGAUCUUGAUGUUGAUAACACGGGGAAUUUCUGGGCGGAUCAUGAUGAGGAUUGUCAUGGGGAGAUUGAUACGCCUGAGAUGAGAGAGGAGAUGCCCGACGGAUUCCGCUGGACGUGCUGUGACAAAUUGGGUGGACGAAAAGGCUGUACCAAGGGAAAGCAUCAAGCUGAUCCGGCAAAGUCACGGAGGGGUGGAAAUGUUCCGUCUGGCGGUGACCUGAGGAAGAACAAUGGUUCACAUUACCCAGUUUCAGACGAGGACACUGAAGAGGAGGAAGAAGGCGACGAGGAGUAUUGAAUCAGUUCAAUUAUAUAACUUGACGAUAAACAUACAUCUCUAAC